GAUAAUGAUGGCUUCCGAAAAUGCUUCAAGAUCGCCGAUUUGGGAUGUUCAUCGGGGACUAACUCCCUUUUCGUAAUUUCACAUAUAAUCGAACAAAUCGAAGAGAUCUGCAAAGAGAAAAAUGGCAGCAGCCAUUCACCUAAUGAGUAUCAAGUGUUUCUGAAUGACCUCCAUGGAAAUGAGUUCAAUACCCUCUUCAACCUUCUGCCCAAUUUUUAUGAUACACUUAAUAAUGAUAAUAAUCAAAGUAAAAAAUUAUGUUUUAUAUCCGUUUUACCGGGAUCAUUCUACGGCAGAUUGUUCCCAAGCAAUAGCCUCGAUUUCGUUCAUUCAUCCUACAGUCUCACUUGGCUUUCUCAGGGGGUGAUCAAGGAGGCUGAUUUGCAUUCAUUCAACUUGCCUAUAUACACACCAAGCAAGGAAGAAGUCGAGGGAAUAGUUCGAAGUGAAGGGUCGUUUAAUCUUGAGAAACUCGAGAGAUUUCUAAUCCCGUGGGACGCAAAUGAUGGAAAUAGUAACGCUACGACUGCGGAAAUCGUAGCCAACUUCACCCGGGCUUUUACGGAGCCAAUCAUGGCUGCACAAUUUGGGAGCUCCAUUAUGGAUGAGAUGUAUGAAAGGUUUGGACAUAAACUGGGAGAGCUUCAAUCGUCUACGGACGCACCACCGUUCUCUAAUAUGGUCAUCUCCUUAUGUAAGAAAUGA